GUCACAUGAGAACAAGAGCAGGAAGUAACCAAAGAGGGAGAGAGAUCUGGAUUUAACGACUACGCGACAAGAUGUGAAUAUAAUUUCAGAAAUUAAUGAUUUUUUUUAUGAGUUGGGGUCUUUGUUGCAGUCGGACAAAUGACUGUACGGGCGUUGUGGAUUAUUUCUCAUGAAAAGGGAGAAAAUGUGGCAAUACGCUUCUCAAGGAGGUUUUCUACUGUGGAGCACCGUGCAAAGAGACUGGCAGGUUCCUCAUAUGUAUCAGUCCCAGAGGAAACCACUUUCCUGCAGCUCCUGCUCACAGAACUGGGCCUUUCAGACUCAAACAAGCCCUAUGUAGCUCUCAGAGAUGAUUGCCUUUACCGUCCGCGGUCACCGGCCAUGGAGCUGCGCGUGGAUGGUCACAAGAAGGGAGUGCUGUGGCCGGUGUUGGCCAUCUUGCAUGGGCCUCUUAUCCUGGCCUGCCUGCCUUUAGUGGAUGUCUCUCCUGAGCCACGGCCACCUCUGGCCAGCCUGCUGUCAGUUACACAGGGACUCACGCUCCUGGCAGGCCUGCAGACAUUUCUCCUUGGCUUAGGGAGCAAGCCCGAUAUCGAGGGACUGGGGUCUCGUCUGGCAGCGUUGCCCUCAGUUCUCCUGCAGGUUUGUCCGCUUGGCACGCCCCUCGAUGUGCCACUACUGGGGACAACUGCCACGCCCACUGUGCCAAUUUCUGCUGGAAACCAGAAGCAGCCAGCCUGGAAGACGGGCCUGCACAAAGGUCGAGCUGUGGUGAACGUAGCGCUGGUAGAAACCGUGCGCUCUAUGCAGUAUGGCAACCGGAGCAGACAGGAUCUGUGGGAUGUUUACGGCACUCUGACAUGCAAAUGCGAAGUGGAGGGAGUGCUUCCAAACGUGACUGUGACCCUUUCACUGCCGCCGAAUGGUUCUCCACUGCAGGACAUCCUGGUCCAUCCCUGUGUCACCUCAUUGGACUCUAGCAUCCUGACUGCCAGCAGUGUGGAUGACUGUGACGGCUCAGCUUUCUCUGGGCCAUACAAGUUCCCCUUCUCUCCUCCUCUGGAGUCCUUCAAACUAUGCAGCUAUACUUCUCAGGUCCCUGUUCCUCCCAUCCUCGGGUCGUAUCAACUUAAGGCAGAGGAGAACCAGCUCCGUGUGACUGUGAGCCUCAAACUUCACGAGAGCGUGAAGAACAACUUUGAGUACUGUGAAGCACACCUGCCGUUCUUCAACAGGCAUCAGAUGGGUGUUGUGGAGGUGAAGGUGAACUCUGGACAGGUGGAUGUUUUAAAGGAGAAGAACCUGCUGGUCUGGGCCCUGGGACAAAAGUUUCCUAAGAGUCGUGAAGUCACGAUGGAGGGCAAGAUCAGUUUUUCAGGGCCGGCAAUGGGACCUUCUGAUCCUCUCUGUACUGGACUUACUGCCUACAUUAAAUUGUAUUUCAAAGUGCCUGACACGACGUUGUCUGGAUGUUCUGUAGACCAACAUUCUGUGCAGAUUUAUUCAUCUACAAAACAGCGGAUUACAACAUCCCGAGAACUUCAGUCCAAAGAGUACUUCAUAUGGAAUUCAACAGGUACUGCUCCAGUCUCCUCUGGACAGAUGAUGAUGUAGCACGGAUCCAUAAGGAGAAACACUGCAUAUUAACAAGACUGAAAACACUGCAAAGCACAUAUGUGUCACACGUACAGUAUGUAACGCAAUUCAGUGAAUUUGUUGAUAUGUCGUUCUCCUGGAAUAGUCACUAAUGAAGCCGUACGCAUUGUCUAACUUUCACCUGUAAAACAAAGAAACAAAAAAUAUUCCACAUUGAGCAAACUUUGACUGGAAGAAGUAUUGAUUUUGUUGAUAGUUUGCUUAAAAAAAAAAAAAAAAAAACUACCCCCUUGUUAUUCAGCUUCUUUUAUCCUCCAACCCUCCCUCGUAUUUAUCCCAUUGUACACACAAGGGCCACCCCUCGCUCUGACAGUCCCACUUCAGUGACUCUCCAUCAGCCGGAUAAUUAGCAGCUGGGGCCUUGUCAUCAGCUGUUGUCGGCCUGGAGGAGAGGGGCGGCUGGCCUGUGAAAGGCCUGGCUGCUCUGGCCAGUGUCUUGCCUACAAAAGGCCUCUCUUUAGAGCUGGCAGGAGUCCUUACCCACACCAGUCUUCCGCCCCCACCUCUUUUGACCCCAUCCUUGCCCUGUCAACUAGUGGCUGGUUCAAACACACAACCUCUCCAACUAGGCUGUGAUUGAGCACUGACCCUCUGGCCCUCUCAGACUUUAAAGCAGCCGGCCCCUUUCAGCGAGCGGGACCUGCCUAAUUGGUGAAAAAGUCACAAGAUUGGUAGUGGUUGAGUCUCUUCUUGAGGUUGCAGAGGUGCUUUAACUUAAUUAGUAAAGUAUUUUGAACUUCAUUGACACGACACAAUGAUCAAUGUGGACCGUGGUGAGACUUGAUUGAAGAAAACGUGUGAACAUCUGCAUUUGGUUUUUCAGAUGUUCUCCACAGUUAACCGUUACCUGAACUCUGCAUGUUACUCUGUUACAUUUCCACUGCACAUGCUCCACCUCGUUGUAUUAACUUGAAUGAAUAACCAGCCGGUGAAGGGUUAAAUCAGAGGAGAUUGUGCCCCACUAUUCCACGGCAGCCAGACUCCUCUGAGUGGCCUCAUUGUCUGCCGUUGGCCUCUUGUGCCCCUUGCUGGUCCAAAUGCUACAUUCUCACGUGGAUUUCCACUCAGAAGGCUGACCAUGACCAAUCCUCUGUCAAUUGGAACCAAUUGCUCACACGGCAUCCUUCACCUUCUUUUUAUGUAGCAGUGCGGAGUGGCAGACACCGAGACCUCUCGGCUCUCCCCCCUCCAUGAUGAUUUGGCUUUAAGGCCCAGUGUGUGUGGCUAGUGGACUGGAAAAGGAGAAUUUUUUUUUUUUUUUUUUUUUUUUUUUUUUUUUCCUGAAGACUUGGGCCACUCUAAAUCUCCUCAGUAUCCCAAUAUGUGGUCAGUCUGGCUCCUCAAGUCUGCAGUCAGUGACCUCUCACUGGGAGACUUUGCUUUGUUGAUUGAACAGCUUGCUAAGUAGAUGGACUCAUUUUAAUGUGUUGUUCUGCUCCAGUGCCUUCAGUCCGUAUAUUUGGGCAUUUAAUAGCCUUGAAUUCAUUAUUUUAUUGAAUCUUUUUUUUUUUUUUUUUUUUUUUUUUUUUACAAGAGGGGAGAUUAGGAUGUUUUGUGCAGUAAUCGUCAGGAUAAAAAUCACAUGGGCCCUAAUGUAAAAGUAAAACGUGGUUGGUGAUGUUACAUAGCUGUAAGUGAUCAAAAUGAUCUUUCCUACUAAAAUGUUCCACACCAAACUUUUUGUAACACUAUCACAAACACCGCAACUGUUAUCUGCUUAACUGUGAGAGUAUAUUUCCUGGUGUCCCUCUGCCCAAUAAUGACACCCAGUGGCAGAGUACAAUAAAGUCCAUGUUAUAUUCUC